GCACCCUUCGCUAAGUGCAUACCAACAGUGUACCGAGCCAAUGGAGCUACCGAUUUAUUCGUCGAAGUGGAACAUGAUAUUGCAGGGUCUGAUACACUCGGUCCGACCCUCGGCAGCAAAACGGGCGGUGCCGGACGUCCGACGGUGGAGAGGUUGGGGUUCUUGCCAAUUGAAAACAAUGGUGAUCACGAAGAGGCUCUCAACAACUUAGCCAAGAGUGACGAGGGUGGAAACGCGGAUAUGAAAAAACUGGCGGAAACAACGGACGAUAUCGUGCAAACAAUCAACAGAUUAGAUGACAUGUUCAGGGCAUGGGCGAACUUGGAAGAUAAAAUUCAUGCAGUGGGCGACAUAUUGUCAACUGCGGCUGCCCGUGAUGGACCGUUUGAUCCUCCAGACUCCACAAAAGAAAGUCCAGCAAUCGGGAAUCAGUUGCUGGUGCUAGGUGCCGAGUUGAAGACGUUCAGUAUAGCGGAUUUCUGCACUGCGACGGAGCGGGCCCCUGUUGCUGCCGCUACCACAUCUCCAACCCUGUUCCCUGAGCCUCCCCAGGCACCCAACAUCGACUCUUCCUCUUCGACAUCAAAGAAUUUGUCUCUUAGACACGAAGAGAUCAACAAUCGAGAUGGUCACCCUUCUACGAUCUCCACAACAGGAGUCACUGAAGACCGUGACCUCACCCCGGCAGUUGGUACAACUCCAGAGCUGCUUGUUUCAACUUCCGAUAUCUUAGAGUAUGCCUCCAUUCAACGAAACUCCACUUUUCCCAAGUCUGUAAAGGUUCUCACCAGCAGUUCUCCGCGAGCGGACCCGGAGAUAGACGAAAACGAGACGAUAGUCCUUCCUCAUGUCCCUGCGAUGAAUUCCGCGAAGGAGCCGGCUCCAGACGACGUCGAUCCUGUUUCCUCUGCUGCGUUAAACAGCCUCCCCACUGUAACGGAGGUGCGACAAGAGAUCUCACACCUCACAGAUACCCCGGCUAGCAGCGUUGCUGGGCCAUCGGCCGAUUCCAUGGCGGCUAGGCUACAUUCCGAGCCUAUUUCUGUUGUUUCCACCGGUGAAGACGCGGCAUUCUCUUCCAGAUCGAACAAGGUUCCCGUGCAUUUCCAAGAGAUUGUUUCCGCAUCCACAAAAGAAGAUGGGGAGGCAUUGUUGCCGCAUGAAAAUUCUUCCAACCAGCAGCAUUCUGUGCAAAGCGGCACCCGUCCUUCCGAAGAGGUUGGGACCUCACUGGAGAAUAACCCGGAAUGGGACGCAGUUCCGGUGAGGAGGAAAGAUGCGGAAGCUGCAGAGGAAGGCGACGAGCCGGUGAAAGAACCAGUAACCCAUACAGAGGACCGCCGACACGAACAGGACGUGAACGCCAAGCAGAAGCAAGAUUCCGCCAACGGUUCGUCUGGGGAAAGCACCCCCAAUGCAGACGAAGGUAGAACGAAUGAGGAGGACCAUGGUAGAAGAGAGGCGGAGAGCACACGACAACCUACCGCGGAAGACGAGAUAUCUGAGAUUGAAGGCAUUCCCCCAGGUUCAGCUCCAGUGGCUGAUGAGGCGUCCACACGUGAAGGGGCUCCUCCGGCUGUCUCGGAGAACCUGAAACAUGGAAGCAAUGAGAUCGACAGCGUUGAAUCCGAGGCUUUUCUGCAGACGCAAGGAGAUGACUACUCACCCAGCGUGUCUCCGGACAUCGCAGAUGAAGAGGAGGCGCCAACGGAGUCAUCCGCCUCCGAGAUGCUUCAGGGAAACCUCGAAGCUGAAGAGGCCGUGGCCGACGAAGACGGACCUCUACUGGGCAGUGAAAGGAGUGAGUCGGAUCUUGCGACUUCUGUUCCACCUGAGAUUUCCGAAGACAACACGACCCUUUCACAGGAACAAGAUGAAACUCUCAAGAACGAGGAAGGACCAACCGCUGCCGCCCUUAUUCAGCACGAAACCAACUUUGGCGCAAAAGAGCAGGCAUCAUCUGCAGCGAAUGCAGACAAGACCCUGGACGACCGGUCCGUGGAAGAACGGACAACAGAAGAAGCGUCAGCUCAUGCACAUCGCGUCACAACUUUGCCGGCAUCCCGCUAUGGGUCAGUGCAGAAAGGCACGCCUUCUGCCUCGGAUACCGUGAACGCAGGGGCAAACGACGAAGAGAAGGAAAAAGGAUUCCCAGAUGACGUGGUCCUCGGUGAGACAACGGGAGAUCCGACGACCGCGCCUGGCGAGUCGGCUACAUCGGCAUCGGAAGACGCCCUUGAAACUGGAACGGCGCCAGGGGAGCCUGAGAAAGACAAUCCGCACGACGUCCUCUCCGGGACUGCGUCAGGCCCGCGGAACAGGCAAUUCAGCGCUCCAGCUGAUGAGACUAACGAAACAGCCCAAACCCGAAAAGCGACACUCGGCGACAUGCCUACCGACGGGUCCCUUCCAGAUUUAAACGGUCACGGAACGGAUUAUCGUGACAGAGAGGCAGCGGGGGGCGGGCUCCACACAUACCAUGACGAUCCUUCGAAGAUGAAGGACUCGUCUCCUGCAAUCACUGCUUUUCUUUCCACGUUUUCGCCACACGUUUCUCAGACGGAAUCCGGAGACGACGGUCGUCACGCACAUCACCGGCCUGACACCGUAGACCAGUCAAAGGAACUGUUUUUAUCGCCGGCAAACCAGCUAGAGGAGCCCGUUGUCGCACAUGCAAAUGGAGGAUCCACAGUGUCUGAUGAUCAGGAAGAGGCCGCAGGCGAGCACACGCCGGCGACCGCGGCUGAGCAGCUUGACCACACAGACGAGUCUACGAGUUUCGGAGGAGGGAGGGUGUCCCAGACCGAGGGAAGCUCCCGGCGGAGACGCAGGGAUGGAGUGCGUGGAGGCGAAACGGAUGUUCAGACACACAAAACCGCAGAACCGGGAGAAAAAAGGUACGGGAGAGGCCAGAGAGAAUCCGAUCCAUCCGGCAAAGAAGGGAAAUCAGACGAGUUUCUGCCCAGACAGAACAGAAAUGGGUUUUCUUCGAGGGUACCUGGGAACGGCAAGACGCCGGAACUCGAGAGAGAAACAGAGGACAGCAUCCCGUCUGACGAACCAGGGCAGAAAGCCGAGCAAGGAGAAUCACCUGAAAAAGCCGAUGGGGCCCUCAAUGAGAAAACUGAAUCAGAUGUCGCCUUCGAUAAAACAGAGUCAGAUAUCGACAAAUUCCUGAAAUCUGAAAACCUUGCGGAACUAAUGAAGGCAAAGACUCUCGACGAUCUCCGACGGAUUCUUGGACCUUACAUGAAGGUGACGAUCAAAGACGCCCUGGCAUUCAAAGAGCUGUCUGAUAAGCUGAAGGAUGCGGGUGUGAAAGAAGCGGAAAUACGAGAUGAGCAGCCUUCUUUCUACAACCCGCGCAGGCGGGCUACGCUGUCUCCCGCUUCACCGCUGAAGAGCCAG